GGUGCGGGUUGGAUGGUGGGUGACUCGCUAGUCGAGUCCUCCCGGUUUUCGCAGGGAGGGUUCGACCCCAUCCGCCACCGUUCCACCGCCCUCCAUCCUCCCGAUCCCGCCGGCGCCUACUGCCCUCCUCACCGGCCAUCCUCCCCGUCGCCCUUGCAAGGCCGCAAGGCGCAGGCCGCCCUCCUCGCCGGCCAUCCUUGCAAGGCCGCAGGGCGCAGGCCCGCCCUCCUCCCCAGCCGUCGGACUGCACUCCGGCGCCGCGCCCUCCUUGCCGGUCGUCUGCACCAUCCACCCUACCCGCCGGCUCGUCCCGCCCCUCCGCGCCAGAGAACUCUAUGGUCUUGUUCCAAAAUCCAAAUAUAGUGCAGCCUGAGGAGCGCUGCGGUGAGGUCAAGAUUACCUUCAGGAUUACUACGAAGCAUAGGUAUGCGUUGACGAUGAUGCAACAAUUUGGAAGCAAUGGAACAAAUGGGCACAUGAAACCUAGGACAAACAAAGAGGUGCUUUUUGAACCAAUUCCAGAUAAAGAAAGGAAAAAAAGUGCAGUGGAAGAAGAUCAUGUUUGAUAACAUGAAGUAUAUAUGAAGAAAAUGGCUCAAUUAAUGAGGGCCCCUUGAUGCUUGAUACAAAUUGUCCAGUAAAGCUAGUGUUUAUCAGACCAAAAGACAGUUAGUGUUUACAGAUUUCUGCAAUAAUUGGCAUGUAACAACUAUAAAUUAUGUUUGACUUUGGUAGAGGCUAAAUGUCCUGAUGAUGCAUUAGUGUAACUUGUGUGUGUUAUGUGUAUAACUUAUGUUUGGCAGAGGCUAAGUGAGAUGACAAAUUGACAUGUAAGAACUGUAAACGUGGCUUGCUUGUUUGGUGUGUAAUUUAUGGUAGCUUGCUUGUUUGUAUGUUUAUGCGUUCGUAACUUAUGCUUGCUUGUAUUAUGUGUGUAACUGUUCAGAUGGGCUUUUUUUUUUGGCUCGCUGCAGCUAUUGCUGCACAACAGGCAACUGGAGGUGGCAGCAGCAGCAGCAGCCAGCCGAACGGUGGGUUGCUUGAGGCAGCAGUAGCAACCAGCCGAACGGUGGGCUGCACAACAGGCAACUGGAGCAGGCCUAGCAUCUGACGGAAUGGUGGGCAUAACCCAUGGGAAUCAACUCCUCUGCAGUCGACUGCAGAGUGACAACGUCACUGCACGUGGGCCCAGCCGCUCAUCGGGCCCACGCGUCGGUCACUGCAGUCGACUGCAGAGGAUCUCAAUCCAACCCAUGGGCACCCACCUCUGGUGGUGCGGGUUGGAGUGGGUAGUUAAUUUAAAUCUAUGGGUUGGGUUGGAUUGGUUAAUCAUUUUAAUUGGCUGUGGGUAGGGGUGGAUUUUAACCCAUUAGCAGGGCUAGCUUCGGCCUUGUUUCUCCUCUUCGUCUGCUCAGCCUUGGUCGCCUCGCCUGCGCCACUGAUGACGGCUGCGGCACAAGCAGGCAGCAGGGAAGGAGAGAACUGCCCGCCGUUCAAGCUCUGCGGCAGCGUGAACAUCAGCUUCCCGUUCGCGAUCCUCCCGGAGCAGACGAUGGAGACCAGGUGCGGUCUGAUUGGGUUCCAGGUUCGUUGCACCAACAACACCCCGUACCUCGGGUACAACCGGCAGAACCACUGGUUCCAGAUCCUCGACAUCUUCUACGACAACGCUUCCUUGGUCGUCGUCGAUGUCCGCAAGCUCGAAGCCUUCGCCGGUUCCUCUGCUUCCAAACCCUGCCACCUCCCGAUGAACAACAGCUCCAACAAGAUCGGCCUGCCCUUCUCGGUCAGCCCCGCCAAUCAGAACCUGAUCCUUUACAGCUGCUCGGGCAAGCCACCCGCAGAGGCGGUGAGGCAGAGUCGCGGGCUGGUGGAGACGGUAUGCUCCAACGACAGCUUUUUUGGAGUCGUCGAGAGCUACGACGCGUCGGGCAGCUACGGCAGCUACUCUCUGGAGGGCUGCAGCGCCACCAUCGUGCCGGUGCUCGGGAGUUCGUCUGGCAAGGCGAACGUGAGCAGAUACGAGGAGCUCAUCGCUUGCGGCUUCCUCUUGACGUGGCAGGUGCCAUAUCGUUUCCACCGUCGCCCCAACUGUCAGUCUGAUGGUCAGUUGACUGAUGAGUGAUGACCAUUGUUGGAGGAGACUGAAGACUUGGACCUAGCUAGCCAACGCUGGCGCACCACCACGGCUUCGUUAUCAGCCCAGAAGACUAGCAUGUCAAACUUGGCCAGCUGCGACAGUUGAAUUCGUUGAACCAUCAUCGUUCCCGACCUUCACACUCCCACGCAACUUCCUUUCAGAAGAAAAAAGAAACCAUCCACCGACAUUUCUGGUAAUUCCUGACUUACCCCUGCAGCGGCAUUUCACGCCCACCGUAGCUAGUCGCACACUUGCAAUACUCCCCGUUGCAAUUUUGCAAAGAUGCAUCCGUCCCUUGCUCCUGCGCCUGCCGUGCUCUGUCCACCUCUGCUACUGCUCGCUCUACUAGCCAGAACCACCUCAGCGCCCCUAAACGCGACGACGGCGUCGUGCGGCGGCCUCACCAUCUCGCCUACCCGUUCUGGCUAGCCGGCACGCAUGGACCGGAGUGCGGCUACAAGGCCGUCCAGGCAGGUCACCUGCGAUAAAGGCAACACCUCCCUGAACAACUCGUACUGGAGGUACCAGAUCCUGAACAUCUUCUACGAUAACAGCUUGUUCAUAGUCACCAACCUCGACCUGACGUCAGACGUGCGCACUUGCGACCUUGCCUUGU